AUGGCCCUCAAUGCCCAAGAGCAGAACUACCGCAAAGCCAAGAAGCGCGUCGUCGAAGCAGCCUCGGCUGUCCUAGGACCAGCGGCCAAUCUCGCUCAUGAAGCGCUCUUUGUGGGAGUCGACCUCCUGCAGUUUGUGCCAGUACCCGCGCUGGACGUCGCGGGCAAGAUGCUCCUGAGCAUCUGGGACGCUGUAGAGCUGAUUGAGGUCAAUCGUCUGUCAUGUCUACGCCUAACCGAGCGCUCCGCCGAACUAUUGCUAGCUAUUCGAGAGGAAAUCGGUGCAAGCGGUACAGGGGUGGCAGAAGAAUUGAAGGAGCCUGUUGCGCGGUUGCAUAUCGCUCUCGAGGAGAUCCACGAUAGCCUGCAAAAGCAGAUCCGCCGGCCAUUCUGGCUUCGCUAUGUGAAGCGUGAGGAUACGCAACGCGAUAUCCUCUACUGUGAUACACUGCUGGAUGAUGCUCUCGGUCUCUUCAGUUUCAGGAUCCAGAUACGCACACUCAGACUCGUUCAGGAGAGCGAAGCGCGCUUUAGUCAAAUCGGAGCUGUACAGCUUGUGUCCGACGUUGCCCCAUCGUCCGCGCACGCCCUGCCUGUCCCGCCUGACGCCGACGAUAUACAGGACGCUACACAAGUACGCAGGUCGCUGUCCCUCUACCGACAAUCGCAGAACAUCAGUGAUCUCGCCCUCGACAUGAUCAACCUUCGUCAGCUUCUCCACAUCGCACUGCAAGAAGCGGACGAUGGCACCCUUAUGAAGUUCUUGCAGAUUGGCCCGCGAGAGAUGACGGAAGCGAUCGAAGCGCUGCAACGCGUCUUGGAGGAAGGAGGAACCAUCCUUGAGCGGGCUACCACACCACUCGGGGACGAGCCGAGACAAGACGCCGACCGGUCGCCCAUCAGAGAUGAUGUCGCCGUCCUUAGACGGCUCAGUAACAUAUCCGGCAUCAGUGCUCCGACCGUCCACGCUCAAGAUAAGCCUGUGCCAAUUACGCGUGAAGUCAAGCGCCAGUCACUGUUCGACAAGCAGAAGAGAUCGAUGGAUCGCAGGGGUCUCAAGGUAUCCAUGAACGAUCCCGUGUAUCUGGUCCUCCCUUCGACGAUGCACAAAUACAAUGUCUCCGGCAAUUGGCAGGACUACGUUAUGAUGAUCUCCUACGGCCCACAGGAUGACCGCACUGAAUGCUGCCUUUCCUACGACCAGAAGCCCCUGGUGCUCUAUCAAAAGCUCAAAGACGACUCUCAAGACCCUUUUCUUACCCUCGUGCACGUCGUAAGGCUACCGUCUCCUUGUGUUAUCGCGCGUAAGGCCUUGUACUCCUCUCAGAGUCAUGAGGGUGGUGCCGCAACGCAUACCGCGCAAGACACUCUGCCAACCCCCACAAGCAUCACUUCACAUGUUGUUCUUCGGAUGUACGAGCCUGGCUCGACGCUCCAUCUCGACGAACCGACGACUACGCUCUCUUCGGGUGACAACACGCAUGAGGACGCCACUGUGUACGAUUCCACUGGCCAUGGAGGGGGGUAUGUUGGCUACUGUGUUGCCAUCUAUUCAUAUACGGCAAAACAAGAAGGUAACCUCGACGUCACUCCUGGUGAUACCUUCACAAUUCUCUCUCGCGCCAAGGAUCGAUGGUUGCUCCGACGCGAUCGUCUGGAGACGGAUACGAUCGCUACCGAUCCGCCGGAACGAGGCUGGGCCCCCGAAGGUUGUCUCCUCGAAACGCGUAUCCCCGUUGCUCGCGCCAUCGCACAUACUGCAUCCUACACCUCAUUAUCUGCAGGAUUGGCACCCUCAUCAUCGAAGAAGACUAUGAACCUGGAACGCGCAGGCAACGUCGACCCUUGGUUGCCCAUCCAUCCACAACAUAUCGUCUCGGAAUCUUUCCUGGAGCAUGUCUUGAUGGACUACACGCAAAAGGACGACGAGGAACUCAGCGUCUCGGAAGGCGACCUGCUGAGGGUGUACAAGCGGUUCAAGCAUUGGUCCUACGCGGUCAAAGAAGACAAUGGCGAGCGAGGUUGGGUUCCAACAUGGCAAACGAGCAAGGUCGAGUUCAGCUCUUAG